AUGGCUGAAACAACCACUUGGACGCCUCCCACUGGCAACUCCUCCCAAUUCGGCCAGAACAGGCCCGUAACCAUCACCGCGAACAAGGACAAUUCGGUUUCCAUCGACGUCAAACCCAAUGCGGGCGCCACAGUCCCCGACACCCAAGCAAUCGGCGACAACGCCCUCUCCCUCUCCGAAUGGCAAAAGACCAACAGAAUCGACACGUCCGCUCAGAUCAAACUCGUCAAACUAGCCCACAUGCGCUACCAACACCCGGACCUCCAAACCAUCACUAAAUUCCUCAAAGACUUCGGGAUGCACAUCACCAAACAAACCUCCUCCGAGAUCUGGUUCCGCGGCUACGGAACAGAUCAAUACGUCUACUACGCCCGCCUCGGGCCCCAGAAAUUCCUCGGAGGAACAUACCAAGUCGAAUCCAUGGCCGAACUGGAAAAGGCAGCCAGACUCCCCUGCGCCCAGACACCCAUCCAAGAAAUGACAGACGCCCCCGGGGGAGGCUCUUUCCUCACCCUCCACGACCCAGAAGGCUUCCCCGUGAAUCUCAUGUACGGCCAACUCCCCGCCGAGCCCGGCCAGCUCCCGGAGACCGUCAUCCUCAACAGCGAGAGCGAAAAGCCCCGCGUCCGGAAAUUCAACCGCUUCACCCCAGGCCCCGCGGCGGUGCAUAAACUCGGCCACUACGGCCUCUGCGUCCAGAACUUCCCCCAACAAUUAGACUUCUACACGCGAACGUUCAACCUCGCACCUACGGAUUUCCUCUCCAUCCCGACGGACCCCGGGAAUCCAGACGGCAAAAACACCAAACCCGGAACCAAAACCAAAGACGUGUCGGUCUUUGCGCACAUCGAUCGUGGGCAAGAGCCCGUGGACCAUCAUACGUUCUUCAUGGCUUUGAACCCGACGAAACACGUCCAUCACGCUUCGUUUGAGGUGCACGAUUAUGACACCCAGCAUUUGGGCCAUCAGUGGUUGGGCAAACAGGGUUAUACUUCCGUCUGGGGCAUCGGGAGGCAUAUUCUUGGCAGUCAGAUUUUGUGAGUCGACUUUCCCCCCCCCCCCUAUCUCUCUCUCUCUCCGGAUUCUUCGUCCUUUCUCUGUGGAAUGUCAUCGCUGAUGAUAAUGAUGUUCGAAUUCUUUUUAGUGAUUACUGGUGGGAUACUACGGGCAAUAUGAUCGAACACUAUGCCGAUGGAGACUUGGUGAAUCAAGAUACACCGGUCGGAUGGGCAAUGGCUGGUGAUGAGAGUCUGGCCGUUUGGGGUCCGGAAGUGCCCUCGUGGUUCUUGGAUUGA